AAGUUUCGUUUUUUCGUCGGAAGAAUUUUUGGGUUGCUCCGCUCAGCUUCGCUACCGUUCACCAUGGCCAAAGCUUCUUCCUCCUUCUUCCAAACCCUAAAGCGCUACAUCAAGAAGCCUUGGGAGAUCACCGGCCCGUGUGCAGAUCCAGAGUACAAAUUGGCCGUCCCGAGUGCCAUAGAGUACAGGGUCUUUUGCCCCGCCACUACGAAGGAGAAAGCGAUUGUCCCUACCUCCAAUCCCGAGACCGUCUUUGAUAUUAAGUAUUACACCCGCGACCAGCGUCGCAAUCGCCCUCCAAUUCGACGCACCAUCCUCAAGAAACCUGACGUCGAGAAGAUGAUGAAGGAGACCAAGUUCGACCCUGCUGACUUCCCCAAAGUCUAUCUGACUGCCGCGAUCGAGGAGGAUAUGAAUGCCCGUGGAGGUGGUUAUCAAAAGUAGUAAGGUUUGGUAGGUUUCUAUAAUAUUUUCAUGACCUGCUUGCUGCAUUAUGGAUUCUUUCCUCUUGUUACCCAGUCUUCUGCGUGAUUUUUGUUGCUGUUAUUCCGUUGCAUUCUGAUCCCAGUUGUUUUAUUGUCUAAUAAUAGUCAAUUUUGAUUGCAAAUUCCUGUAAAUGACCAUUAUUAACUUCAGAAUUUUUAUCAGGUUCGUUGUGCUCUGGGAAAUGUUCUCUCCAGCUUGUAUUCUUCUACUCUGCCUGUCUUUGUUAACCUGAGAGUGGGUUUUUUAGAUAUAGUUGUUUGUACGCCUAGUCUAUACCUCAAGACAAGACAUGGGAUUUGGCGUCAAUAAAGUACAUCUCCUCGAACUCAUUCAAUUUUUUUGUUUCUUUUGCAAUGUUAUGUGCUUAUACUACAACCAUUUGCAACAAUGUUGCACCAGGAAACACUUCCAUUGCUCCUGAAUUUUAGGACAUUUUCUUGCAUAUCAGUAUUGUUAUAUCCUGAGCUUUGUGUUAUUUGUCUUUGACUGCAACAAUAACAAGGCUGGGAUUUUAAUCC